UUGUACCUGACAAACAGAAACCGAAUUUUGAAAAGAAAAAUUAAAGCAAAGACACCAAAAAAACACUUUUCUCUUUUUUGGAGUCUGUUUGUUGAGAUAUAAUUUUAAUUUAUCCGCUCCUUGUAAUUUUUCUCGUGAAUCCCCUCUCUUCACACUGUUAUCCCUCCCUCUUUCCUAUCGUGUGAACUAGCUGAGAGAUUUGAUCGACUCGUGAUCCUCUCAUACCUCUUUUUUUUUUUAAAUAACAACGUUCUUAUCCUUUCCCUCAUUUAUAUUUAUCCUUUUGUUUUUUGAAGGACAAGUUAGCACUGUAAUUCCAUCCCACAAUGUGGAUUUUCUUUUUAUUUCUAAAAAUAAUUAAAAUUCAAGAGCGAUCAGAUUUUUGUUUAUUUAUUUUUUGUAGUUUAUUGUAAAUGAAGAGAAGGCGAUGAGGAGAGAAAGAGAGAAAUGGAGGUUGUUAGAUCUGAGAGCGGAGUAAGGAGCGAGAAAAUAGCAGCGCCGGUGGCUACAGUCAUUGCUAGAACUAAGCGAUUUCAAGUUUGGUUUAUUAGGGUUUGUUCCAGUAUUCUUUUAUGGACCUGUUUGGUUCAGCUUCUUACGGUUGGAGAGUUAUGGCAUCCCAGUUUUAUGGCCAACACCACCGUCUCCAUCGUUAAACCCCCUCAUCACCCCCCUCCCCUCCUUCCUCUUAGAAACUAUACAAGUAAUGGCUAUCUUAAAGUGUCCUGCAAUGGUGGCUUGAAUCAAAUGCGAUCUGCGAUCUGUGACAUGGUGGCUGUUGCCAGGCUUUUGAAUCUCACUUUGGUUGUCCCGGAACUUGAUAAAACAUCUUUCUGGGCUGACAACAGUACUUUUGAGGAAAUAUUUGAUGUGAAGCAUUUCAUUGACUCACUAAGAGAUGAAGUUCGGAUUGUCAGAAGGCUUCCAAAGAGAUUUAAUAGAAAAUAUGGAUACAGAGUAUUCCAGAUGCCUCCAGUUAGUUGGUCACUGGAAAAAUACUACCUACAACAGAUAUUGCCACUUUUCAGUAAGCGAAAGGUGUUGCACUUCAAUAAAACAGAUGCGCGUUUGGCAAACAAUGGGAUUUCAAUUGAUCUUCAGAAAGUCAGGUGUCGUGUUAAUUUUCAGGCACUGAAAUUCACUCCUGAAAUUGAAUCUUUGGGGUACAAAUUGGUUCGCAUUCUACAGGAAAGGGGGCCUUUUGUGGCUUUGCAUCUGCGAUAUGAGAUGGACAUGUUGGCUUUCUCAGGUUGUACUCAUGGCUGCACCAAGGAAGAAGCAAAGGAGCUCAAGCGCUUAAGGUAUGCAUACCCUUGGUGGAGAGAGAAAGAAAUAGUGUCCAAGGAGAGAAGAUCACAAGGUUUAUGCCCAUUGACACCUGAGGAGACAGCAUUGAUUUUGCUGGCAUUGGGUUUUGACAAGGACACACAAAUAUAUAUUGCAGCUGGUGAGAUAUACGGCAGUGAACGGAGACUUGCGGUACUAAGCGCUGCAUAUCCGAGGAUUGUGAGAAAGGAAAUGCUAUUAGAUCCAGGGGAGCUGCAGCAAUUCCAGAACCAUUCAUCUCAAAUGGCUGCUCUCGAUUUCAUGGUCUCAAUAGCCAGUGACACUUUCAUUCCCACCUAUGAUGGAAACAUGGCAAAAGUUGUGGAAGGUCACCGCAGGUAUCGUGGGUUUAAAAAGACAAUCCUUCUAGACCGUAAAAGACUUGUAGAGUUGCUGGAUUUGCAUCAGAAUGGGACACUCUCAUGGAAUGAGUUUGCAGUUGCUGUUGGAUCGGCACAUGAGAAGAGGAUGGGACAGCCAACUCGACGUAGGGUUAUUGCAGAUAAACCAAAAGAGGAAGAUUAUUUUUAUGCAAACCCUCAAGAGUGCCUUUGUGAGGGAGCAAAUUGUGAUGAUUUAUUAGGACCUGGUAACUCAAGUUCAAUUCGGUGAUUGCAACAAAACCAAGCAGAUUGAGAUGGUGUUCCACUUAAUUUUUCUUAAAGCAGUGUGGUGCACAUAUCACGUGGCUUUCAUAGCUGGACUCCCUAAUCGACCCAACGUAUACACACCUACCUUAAAGAUUUGUAAGGAACGACAGAACAGAACCUUUGAGUGCCCAUUCUGGCUAUCAAAGUCACUCGCUCUUCAAUUUUUUUUCCCUGUUGAUAUAUUUAUUCAUUUCUUUUCCAGCCAAAAGUUUGUUCAGGAAUGCCAUAUAAUCCCACAGUUAAAAAUUUACGACGGUAGCCUUUUCUCUGA